ACCUCGAACGAAGGCUGUCAUAGCUAUGGUAGCUUCAGGUUCAGGCAUCACGUAAGAUUGCGUCUCUCGUAUCGAAUUGUACGCUAGGACGGAAUGAAGGUGCCGGAUGAGCAAAGCAGCAGAGUUUGUAUUUUCCUGGGACCACUACCAUGUAUGUAUCUGUGAAGCUUGGUCGAUGGCUGGAUCUGAACUCUCCUGUACGCGUUAUUAUGAGGCUGCGUCAGUCGACCCAACGAAGUGCGUAGCAGGCAGGAUGUACACUUACCCUAGCACACGGUCUGCCUCGCGGUGCGAGUAAGACAAUAAGUUAUAAUAGGCUUCUGAUGUGUAAGCCAGGACGAGUACCCUUCCACCUGUUCCUGACUCUUCCCGACUCGUCCAUUUUGUAUUCACCAGCUUUGUCUAGUGGCCCUAAUUUUCGUACCACAAGCCGCUCCACGAAACCAUUCCGUCUUAGCCCUUUCCGCCGUUCAUCCGCCCUUUUUUCCGGCAAGCGGCGUCCCGAAACGCACUCCUUAGCAAGUCGGCGAGACGUUCCUUUUUGCACGUCAAUCUGGCGACAGCAGCCAUGGCGCGAAACCGGGGCAGCCCCCGUGGCUCCGGUCACCUUGCGUCCCACGGGGAAGGGGAGCAGCAGCAGCAGGCUAGCCGCUUAGCGUCCACGUCAGCGUCCGACAGGGCAGGGGAAGACAACGGCGGCAGCUGCAGUGGCAGCGAGAGCGGCAGUAGCGGCGGACUUAGCGGGGAGGCGCGAGGCAGGGACGGUUCAGGCAGGUUGCGGAGCCGCACGUCGGCCGAGGAGAAAGGGAAGAGGAUAGAGGGCGAUGAUAACAAUGAUGGGGAUGAUUAUGGGGGGGAUGUUGGGGGUGCGGAUGCACGGGGCGGCGGAGGAGCGAGGGCAGGAGGGGAAGCGGUGAGAGGAGCAGGGGGGGGAGCAGGUGUAGGCCGAGGGGACGAGAGACGUUUGGACGAAGGGGAGUUUAUGAGAUUAGAGAAAGACGCGGCUAUGGGCUUACUGGCGCGAGAGCUUCUAUCAGGUGGUGCUACUAGCGGUAGCAGCAGCAGCAGCAGCCGAGCAGGCGCGGGGGGAAGGGAGUUUGAACGGAGUCUAAGCGACGUAGCGAAUGCGACGCGGCUGGCGCGGCUUCGUCUAGACAUACCCUCCGACGGACUGAGCCGGCCCAGCAGAUUAAGAGACAGGGACUCGGACACCGAGGCGCAGUUGAUUGCGGACCGGAGCGGUCUGGUGGACCGAAGCCGGUUCUUGCGGGGCCAGUACAACCAGCAGCAGCAGCAGCAGCAGCAGCAGCAGCAGCAGCAGCAGCAGUAUACGUCUUUAGGAUCCUCUAGUCUACGCGGCUCCGGGCUAGGCGCCGCAACAGCCGCCGUAGGAGCCGCGCAGUUGGAUUUACUAGCGGUGGAGGUGCGGGUGCUGGAGGCGCGGCUGCACUCGGCGGGGGAGCAGGUGGAGGCGGAGCGGCGGGGGCGGGAGGCGGCGGAAAUGGAGGUGCAGCGGAUGGCGCGCGAGAUGAUGCGCGCGGAAGAGCAGCUCGUGCUGGCGGAAGCGGAACGACAGCGCAUGGCUGAAGCCCUGGACGAGCUGAGCAUGCAGCUGAUAGCCACGCGCAAUCUUCUAACGAGCGCGGAGGAGGAGCGCGCGCAGCUGGCGGUGGCGGCGUCCGAAACCGCCAAGGAGCGCGAUCUGCUGCGCCAGCAGUGCGACGAGCUGCGCGUCGCUCUGGACCAAUCAGGCACCUCCACGUCAUCGUCCGACUCCAGCAACCCCCCCGGCGCCGGCGGAGGGGGGGAAGGAGCGGGGCGAGUGGGGAUAGGGCCAGGGGGGGGGUCUGGGGGGGGGUGCGGCAUUGGGGGAGGAGCAGCAGCAUCCGUGGGGGGAGGCGCAGGCGGAGGACGAGGGGCAGGGCAGAGCGUGGAAACCCUAGCGGUUGCUGCGCUUUACAACGAACGGGAGAGGCUUAUAGAGCGGAUACAGGACCUGGAGAUGCGGUGGGGGCAGUGCCAGGAGGAGCUAGGGCAGUGCCUAGAGGAGAAGGAGCAGUUGCAGAUUGAGGUGGGCGCGGCGGUGGCGCGAGCCAUGGAGGAGCGGCAGGAGUGGGUGGAGCGGGUGACAACAGUGGCGCGCGUGGGGAAGGAGGAGAUGCAUCGGCGCGUGGCGAAGGUGCUGGCGCAGAGGGACGAGGCGGAGAGGAGCGCCAGAGCCGCGGAGGGGAAGGUGGUGGAGCUGCUGAACCAGCUGGCGGUAGUGACGGGCGGAGGGGGCGGGGGAGGGGGAGGGGGAGGGGGAGGAGGAGGAGGGGGCGGGUUGGGGAUGGGCGGGGGGGAGGGACUUGGGGGCGGCGGUGGGCAGGAUGGUGUGUGGGUGGGCGUGGGGGGGAAGGGGUAUGGGCAGCAGCCUCAGCUGUCCCGUGCGAGCACGUCGGAUAGGAGAAGGAGCCCCUACGGUCGGCGGGACUACACGCGCUGGGACCGCUCUCGCCCGCGCUCCGACGGCUACGUGGAGCGGGACCGCCUCUCGGAUUCCGUCGUCAUCUCGGGCGGCACGGGCGCUGCUAGCGCCUCCUCCCACUACCCCUACUAUGACCGCACCCGCACCCGUGAGGGCCGCAGCCGCACCCACGGCCGCAGGCAGGUAUCCGAUGGGUCAUCCUCGCUAGAUGACUCCUCGUCCACAGGGAAAGGGGCGCUGUCUGCCCCCCCGCCCUCCACCUCCGCUGGUGCUGCUGCUGCGGCGCCGACGGCUGCUGGUUCUUCCCCUGCCACCCCGUCGUUUGCUAGCUCGAUCUUUUCGUCGCUGUUUGGCUGGGGGGGGUCGAGCUUGUCCCCUCCCUCGCACCAGCAGCAGCAGCAGAUGGGGGCGGGAGCGGCAGUGGGUGCGGGGGCAGGGGCGGCAGCAGUGGCAGGGGGGCAUAAAGUGGGGGUUGUGGGGAGUGCGCCGGGGAGUGUGUACGAUGAUCGGUCUUCCACCACGUAUGGAAGCAGCGUCAGGAGAUACAGCAGCGGUGCCUCGGCCACAGCAGCGGCAGCAGCAGCAGCGGGGCUGCCUGGUUGGUCGGCGGGAGGCAGAGAUGGGGAGAUAAGGCCGGUGCCAGAGGGAAACGUGGAGGGCCAGGAUUGGCUGUCAGACCAAUCGGCCGGCACGACGAUGGAUGAGGUGGACGAGGUGUUGCGGCAGAUGGGGAUAUCACCAGAUGACACUGUGUGGAACCAGGAGGGCGAUGCAGGGGGGAGGGAGAGAGCAGGGGACGGGGCCUUGCGGUAUGGAGAGAGGGUCAGGGAUAAGGUGAGGGAGCGUGCACGGGAGAGAGGCAGGAGAGAGGGCAGGGAGGGAGAGGGAGAUUGGGGCAGGUUGAGUGUAGGAGGUGGGGGGGCAGGAGGCGGAAGCUUAGGGACUGGAGUGGGAGGCGGAGGGGGACUGGGAGGUAGCGUGGGCGGAGGAAGCGAGGGGAGAAGUGGUGAGGAUGGGUAUAGUGAGGUAGACGGGGGUGGCGGGGGGUCGACUGCACUGACCACCGCGGCUAGUGCUGGGUCGAGAACAGCUCUGAGACGACUAGCAGCCAAGAGGGGCCAGCUGCCGCCCAAGAACAGCCUGUCACCCGUGUCGCCCAACCAGGUGUUUCAGCAUGCGAGGGACACGGUCAUACUGUACCAGUGAGCUGUACCACUACCAUCAUCAUCCCCACCAUCCACCCCACCACCAUACAGUAGCAGUGAGCGCCUCUGAGUGGCAGUGGGCGCCUUUGAGCGGCAGUGAGGUGUUGUGUAGCUGGCGAGGUGUGCCAGCACAGCAAUGCCAUGCCAGCUGUGCCAGUGCCAGUAUGUGCUGCUGCUCUCUUGAUUGUUGUUUGCUGAGGGAAAUCAGGCUCAGCUUUUUUGCUGUAGUGUAGUGCAGUGUAGUGUAGGCUUGUAGGCAUGGUGCGGUAGGUAGGCAGGCAGGCAGGCAACCGUCUUGCUGCUGUAGGUUAGGUGCAACAUUUUGCCGUAUAGUUGAGCCCAGCUGCUCUGUUGUUCAGGCUCUGGAAUC